GUGGGGGCAUCAGUCGUUGGCCAGCGAUCGCCGCUGCAGCUCUACCAUCAACCAUGGAUGUCGAACGUGUCCUGGAGAAGUGCGGGAACUUUGGCCGCUAUCAGAUUAUGCUGCUAGGACUUUAUGGAUACACGAAUAUAGUGUCCUCGCUGCAUUACUUCUCACAGACAAUCAUCAGUUUUACUCCUGAUCACAGAUGCUCUCUGCCCGUUGAAGAGUUCUCGGAGAAUGCCACUUCGCUGUUGGAUUCCUGCAGCUACAUCCAAUGGGACGACACUGAUCUUUCCACGCAACGGGAAACCAAAUGCCAUUCGUGGCAUUUCGACAAAGAAAGCGGCUACGAGAGCAUCACCACAGAGCUCGAGUGGGUCUGCGAUGAUGCCUACAAGCUGGCCGUGGGUCAAUCCUUCUUCUUUGUCGGCUCCGUGCUGGGCACAAUCUUCUUUGGCUAUCUGGCGGAUCGCAUCGGACGACUGCCGGCCUGUGUCAUAACCACGCUGACGGGUGCUCUUGGCGACUUUCUCACAUCCUUUGUGACAUCUUUGCCUUGGUUUUCCGCUACUCGUUUUGUGUCCGGCCUCUCCACGGAUACCCAAUACGUGUUGAUGUAUAUUUUGGUCUUUGAGUACCUCAGUCCGAAGCAUCGCACCUUUGGCCUAAACAUCAUCCUCGCUGUCUUCUACUGCUUCGGGCUUAUGAUCUCCCCCUGGAUGGCUAUUUGGCUGGGCAAUUGGCGCACGUAUCUGUGGGCUGCCUCCCUACCUGCCUUGGGUGUGCUCGUGUAUCCUUUUUGCCUGUUUGAGAGCGUCGAGUGGCUGCUGACCAAGCACAAGUUCGACCGGGCUGUCCACUGCCUGAAACGCAUUGCCAAAUUCAAUGGCCGGCAGGUGGAGGACUCGGUUUUCGAUGAGUUUGUCAAGCACUACAAGGAGAAGAAGAACCGCGUGGAGACGACAUCCUCGGAUACGUUUAUGGGAAUGCUAAGGACACCGCGAUUGAGAAAGUUUACCAUCAUUUUGUUCCUCAAAUCAAUGAUCAUCACGGUGGCCUUUGACAUACUGAGUCGCAAUGUGGAGGGUGUGGGCACCUCUCCCUUCCUGCUCUUCUCCUACACUGGCUUCUGCUACCUCCCCGCCGGCCUCACCAUCAUCUUCUUCCAGAACAUCAUCGGCCGCAAGGGCAUGGCCUGUGCCUCGCUCUUUGUGGGCGCCAUCAUCACAGCGGCCACGGGCUAUCUCGUGGCGACCCUCGAUCCCUCGGAGUAUGCUCUGAUCCUGGCGUUCAUGGUGGGACUGGGACGGUAUGGGGCUGUCGUGGCCUACGACGCGGAGGCUCAGUAUGCGGCAGAGAUCAUCCCAACGAGCGUGCGGGGGCGCGGUGUGGCCAAUAUCCAUGUGGUGGGCUAUGCCUUUGGCUUCUUCAGCUCGUACGUCAUCUUCCUGGGCACCAUUUUCAAGCCACUGCCAUCGCUGUUCAUCAGUGUGUUGCUCUUCAUUGGAGCUGCACUGUGCCUGACGCUGCCAGAGACGCUGCACAAAACCCUACCACAGACACUCCAGGAGGGUGAACUCUUUGCCAAGGAUGAGAAAUGGUAUUUCUUUCCCUGCUUUCAGCGAAGAGAAAGCCGUAACAAAACCGAAUCUCAGUUGGAGGCUGCCAAUGUCACAACCAAAUAGUUCUAA